AUGACAUCUAGACUUCAACUUCAGAUUGUCACUUUAUGUUGGUCAAUGGGAUUUACGCUAUCCUUUGUACUAUAUGUUUUCUUGCAUAGGUUAGAAUUCUGUGGUCCAGACACCAUCAACCAUUUCUACUGUGAUGUCCCUCCUGUUUUAGAACUUUCAUGUUCAGAUAUUUCUUCUGCUAAGCUGGUUACUUCCAUGUUGUCUGUUCCUCUUGUUUUCUGUCCAUUUGUGUUUAUUGUUGCCACCUAUAUUUUCAUCUUCCACACCAUCCUGAAGAUGUCCUCCUCCAUCAGGAGACAGAAGGCCUUCUCUACUUGUAGCUCCCACCUCACUGUAGUUUGCCUGUACUUUGGAAGCUUGGCAACUGUAUACAUUUUUUCACCAAAAAGCAGUUCCUCCAACACAAACAAGUACCUGUCUUUGAUAUAUAUCUUGGUGACACCAUUUUUCAACCCUCUCAUCUACAGCUUGAGGAACCAGGAUAUUAGAGGGGCCAUUGUACAAUAUAUUCACAUUUUAGACUCAUGCUGA